AUGAGGCUGCUGCUGCCAUUGCUUUUGAUCCUUGGUGCUGCCGUUGCGAUCAAGGAUGGCGAAAUAGUAGACGAGUAUAUUGCGAAAUCGCAACAACCGUUUCUGCUCUUCGAACGUCACCUGGCAAGCAAGGUCCUCGUGCAUGGCGGAGAAGCUAGCGUCUACUAUACCAUCCAAAACAUUGGCGAUGAAGAUGCUACCAGUGUCUUGUUGCUGGAACAAUGGCAUGGUGAAUUCGGCAACAUCACUCAUGGCAGUUUCCAAGCGCAAUGGCCGGUGAUAAAGGCAGGCGAGAGAAUCUUCUACACGACCAUCUACUCGCUGGUUGAUGAUGAAAAUCUGGCAGAUCAGUUGCUCGGCUUCUUCCGCGUGCCGGCCAGGCUCAUCUACAAAGGAUCUGAUAGUUCGCACUCCAUGCAGAGCGCCAAUACUUAUACCGAUGACGAACUCGGUCGCGUCAUCUCCACCUCUACGCACAAGGCAGCCGUCCGUCCGCAACCUCCGACUUCGAUAAUGAAUCGGCGAACCUAUGAGCGUGCCCACUUCGCCAACCUCCACGGCUGGACAAUCUAUCUGACGCUGGCUCUCGUGAUGGUUAUCGGUCCCAGCUACGUGCACUGGGCCAAGCAAAAUCGUUUU